AUGAUGAUCGUUGGGAAGCUACAUGAAUUACACCCAGUUCCUAAGGACCUUUUUUGGUAUCCCAUUUAUUGUCCAUUUAACCCUAGGAGCCAUGUAGGACAGGUUCCUUCCCAUGGCAACCUUGCUCAAUGGCCACUGAACGGAUAUGCCGAAGAUGCAUUCGAUACUCCUAAGGACUUGCAUUGCCGGACGACAAAAGUUGACGGGUCGCCAUUGUUCGGGAGACUGUCCACCGAAAAGUCUUAUCUUAAACCUACCUCCGAUCCCGCGUCUGGGCUCAAUGCCGGCGAAGAAACGAGGACCGCCACCACAGAGCCGAAGGUCGUGAUUACCGGCCUGGAUGCGCUAUCACAGUUCCAUAAACAGGGCUUCCUCCCUUAUUUGAUCGACGCAGCCCAUACCCCAAAACGUCUAUUACUUAAGAAAUCUCCCUCGAGGACAGCCGUGAUCAGUGAUCCGGAGGAUGCAUCGUCUCAUGUGACUGUUUCAGGACAACUCGAAAACUUGGCGAGAUAUUUCAGAACUCAAGUCAGCUGGCCGCUCGUUUAA